CACACAAUUAUCGAUUUUUCUCGUCACGAAAAUGAAAACUUUACUAGGGUUUGUGCUCGUGUUUGUGUCUCUUACCGUGGUUUAUGGAGCCGGUAAGAAGGCUCCAGUUAAACCCGGUUUGAGAUUGGACUUUUACAAAAGCACCCGUUGUCCAAAAGCCGAGCAACUUGUGAAACAAGUUACUGAAGCUCGAGUCCGUAAAGACUCUACUUUGGGUGCUAAGCUUAUUCGUCUGCAUUAUCACGAUUGUUUCGUCAAGGGAUGCGACGCAUCGAUACUUUUGGACACGGUAGGAACAAAUCAAUCGGAAAAAGACGCAAGGCCAAAUCGGUCAUUGGGGUUCGACGUUAUCGAUGAAAUCAAGACACGGGUCGAAAAUGAUUGCCCCGGAAUUGUUUCAGUGCUGGAUAUUCUGGCACUCGCUGCUCGUGAGGCCGUUUCUUUUCCGUUUAAGAGGCCGAUGUGGGAUGUGCUGACCGGAAGAAAAGACGGCCGGGUUUCUCUUCUAUCGGACGUCACCGGCAACUUACCUUCUCCGUUUUCAAAUUUUUCGACGCUUCAGAAUCUGUUCUCAAACAAAAAGCUAGACAUCAAUGAUCUCGUUGCAUUAUCAGGCGCACACACGAUCGGAGUGGCGCACUGCGGGGCAUUCGCGCGGCGGCUGAACUUCACCGGAAGAAACGACACCGACCCGUCGCUGGACCCGAGCUACGGGGAGUUCUUGAAGAGGCAGUGCCCGACGCCGGUCAACUCCACCACGACGGUGGGCAUGGACCCUAACAGUACCCUCACCUUCGACUCACACUACUUCUCCGCCGUGAACAAGAAGCAGGGCCUGUUCCAGUCCGACGCCGCCCUUAUCACCGACCCGACUUCCGCUGGAAUCGUGACACGGUUUCAGUCUCCGUCGGCGUUUUUCAGGCAGUUUAAGUUGUCGAUGGUGAAGAUGGGAGCUAUUGAGGUGCUGGUCGGAGAUGCUGGGGAGAUCAGAAAGAAUUGCCGCGUGAUUAAUCAAUCAAUCAAUUAAUCAAUUAAUCCGUACGUGUGAUCAAGUGUGAUUGUUGAAUUUAUUCUUGUGAAAUGUUUAAUUUUUAUUUGUUGCAUGCGCUCUAAUUAGUAAACGUAACUUGUAAGCAGUUUUAGCUUUU